AUGCCCAAAAACCAUCCGUUUGGUAUCGGGAAGAGGGUGUGUCCUGGCGAAGCCUUGGCCAGAAUGGAACUGUACCUAGUACUGGGUAGUAUUAUCCAAGAUCUAGAACUUCGCGUGGAUUUAAGACCGGGAAAACCGUCGCUAGAACGAUGCCCUGGAAUGACGUCGGUUCCGAAGCCUACUUCUUACAUGAUCGUUCAAAGACACGAAAAGUUACUGUGUGAAGAGUUGGGUCUGAGUUUUUUGAAUCUAAGAUAG